AAUGGUUAAGACUAGAUAGAGCAACAGAGAAAUAUUAACAACUUGCUUUAACACAUAAAACAAACAAACAAAGAAAGGCCUUGCAUGAAUGCUGUAUUUCAUUGGCCACUGCCGUGUAGUUCCAUUAGAACACUUGUACAGUUGUACGCAUCCAUUGCCUCUCUCUCUCUCUCUCUCUCUCUCUCUCUCUGCUUCAUAUUGUACCAACAUGCCUCCAGCCAAAUGGGGUUCCUGUCCUUCCUGAUUUGAAGACACUGCUGGUACUGGCCUUGCCAAUAGUAGGGAAUUGUGAUUCAAGAACGGUAAUCUGAUUUAUAGGUUUCAUAUGACCAUGCCUGCUCUAUACCUCAAGGAACAUGAAGGGGUUGUUCGAAAUUCUAUUGGUCAGUUGCCAUCGGCUGCAGUGCCAUGGUGGAGUGGGAUCGGAUCUCAAUCGACUUACAAUGAACCUUUUGGCCAAAUUAAGUCUUCAUUUCUGGAACACCCUAACAGUGGAGGCCAGCUGACUGCAAAUAAACGAGCGGAGAGGGGCACGGAACAAGGGCUGGAGAAAGGGAAUACCACCCAAUUCACUAUAUUUCCUGUUGCUCAUUCAGGUGUACCCAAAACAUCACCAAACAUUCCUGUGCAAUCUGCUCCACCUGAAUACCAAGGUCGUUUCGAGCUAGGAUAUGGUCAAUCUGUGAUCUGUGCAAAGUAUCCUUAUGGGGAUCAAUGUUAUGGACUAUUCUCAACUUACGGACCUCAGAUUGCGGGCCGGCUUAUGUUGACUGCGGAUGAUGGACCAAUAUACGUGAAUGCUAAGCAAUAUCAUGGAAUAAUCCGCCGCAGGCUCUCACGUGCAAAGGCAGUAUCAGAGAACAAAGCUCUGAAAGUCCGUAAGCCCUACUUGCACAAGUCACGCCAUCUCCAUGCAAUGCGCCGACCAAGGGGCACUGGUGGCCGGUUCCUUAACACCAAGGCUUCAAAGGGUGCUAAAGGCAGAACUGAGAAGGAAAAGACUCGAAAUGGACAACCCACUGAAUCUCAAAAUUCCGAAGUUUUGGAAUCUGACAGCGGAAAUUCAAGCUCAACAAAGGAAGCAAAUGGAAGGAGGUCAAAUACCCCAGGGUUUGAGGUGACUAGUAUGCUUUUCAGGGAAGAUGUAAAUCAUUUCACAUUCAAUCAUCUUCUGCUACCUGUCCACUCUCUCUCUGGAAUGAGUACUGGGCAGGGCAGGGCCAUGCCCAGUAAGUGGAUGGCAGCAGCUGAUAGCUGCUGCAAUCUCAAAGUUUGAGAGAAAAAAGGGACGAGGGGGUCUGGUUUCAAAUCAUUGUCACAGACCCUCUUGCUGCAACCAAGUGGGGUCUCUUGGUUUUGGUUGUUAGUGAAGGCAAAUCAUCCUUGGCUACUUACUUAAAAAAAAACCAAAAAAAGAACCAAACGUACUUGCCCCAUUUGCAUUAAGGUUGUCUUUGCCACUCGUGUGGUUAGAGACAAUAGGGCCUUAGUGCAAGAAAGAAGAGGGCAAGACUAUGAAUGGGUUAAGUCCUGUUUCUGAAUAAAAACGGUGAAAAUUGUGGAUUUCAUGGUUGUAAUCUUGGAGUUGUUGAUGUUGCUGAAGUUAGUAUUUCGAGUGUGGAUUUCAAACCUGGUGAAGUUUGUAAUAACGUGUGCUGUCCUCUCUACCACGGAAGGCUGGAUUUCGUGUUUGUGAUGUUGGAUUUGUUGAUGUGUCUAUGUAUAGAUUUUCGAACUUGGUGACGUAAUGUAAUAAUAUAUCAUACGGCUUUCGACUUAAGCUGCUGAUGGGUGGAUUUCGUGUUUGUGAUCAUCUUGUUGAAGUUCGGAUAAUGGGUCUGGACUGGAUUUUAUCCAACUUGGUGAAGUAAAUGUAUUGUAACUUGUAAGUGCUUUGACUA